CUAGUGGGGGAGGCAGCCGGCAGGUAGAGAGAUGGCGUGAUGGUAGCCGUGUGGUGUUCACGUGAAGGUGUUUGGGGAGCCUUGGGGAGGUGGGGAGGGUGGCGCUGACUUGGUUUGGGGGCAUCCGGGGACGCCUCUCCAGAGCAGCAGUCACAGCGAGGCACCUCAAGGCAGGACUGAGCUCGGUGGGUUGCUGGAAGGCAGGUUCAUCAUGGAGGUUGAGGGGGAGGGGGGAUGGCACAGGCCAGCGGGCGGGAGUGGGGGAAAGAGGCCCAGGGCGUGGGAAGUCACAGGCCCGGGUCCUCUCUGCCUGCAGCCCAGAACGUGACCGUGGAUGAGGUCCUCGGUGCCUACAAGCAGGCCUGCCAGAAGCUAAACUGCAGGCAGAUCCCCAAGCUCCUCAGGCAGCUCCAGGAGUUCACGGACCUCGGGCAUCGUAUUGACUGUCUGGACCUGAAAGGUGUGUGUCUGGACGGGGCCGGGGGGCCCUUGGGUAGCGGGCAGGGAGGUGUGGGCGCCCUUCCUGCGGUGAGGCAGGUGCCGCGAGCCGUGGGGAGGUGCGUGGGGAGGGGCAGAGGACCUUUCCUCCCCCGCUUGGCCCGGAGCCCGCGUUUCCACCCAGCCCCUCACCCCACUCGCGAGCGCACACGCACAGGGGGACUCGUAGAUGUGCGCGCACACGGCGUCCGUGUCGCCCCAGGUGAGAAGCUCGACUACAAGACCUGCGAGGCCCUGGAAGAGGUCUUCAAGAGGCUGCAGUUCAAGGUCGUGGAUCUGGAGCAGACGAACCUGGACGAAGAUGGUGCCUCGGCGCUCUUCGACAUGAUCGAGUACUACGAGUCGGCCACCCACCUCAACAUCUCCUUCAACAAGCACAUCGGCACCCGGGGCUGGCAGGCCGCUGCCCACAUGAUGCGCAGGACGAGCUGCCUGCAGUACCUGGACGCCCGCAACACGCCCCUGCUGGACCACGCGGCGCCCUUCGUGGCGCGCGCCCUGCGCAUCCGCAGCAGCCUGGCGGUGCUGCACCUGGAGAGUGCCAGCCUGUCGGGGCGGCCCCUCGUGCUGCUCGCCACCGCCCUGAAGAUGAACAUGACUCUGCGGGAGCUGUACCUGGCCGACAACAAGCUCAACGGCCUGCAGGACUCGGCCCAGCUGGGCAACCUGCUCAAGCUCAACUGCUCCCUGCAGAUCCUGGACCUCCGUAACAACCACGUGCUGGACUCAGGUCUGGCCUACAUCUGCGAGGGCCUCAAGGAGCAGAGGAAGGGGCUGGCGACCCUGGUGCUGUGGAACAACCAGCUCACGCACACGGGCAUGGCCUUUCUGGGCAUGACGCUGCCGCACACACACAGCCUGGAGACGCUGAACCUGGGCCACAACCCCAUUGGAAACGAGGGCGUGCGGAACCUCAAGAACGGCCUCAUCGGCAACCGCAGCGUGCUGCGCCUCGGCCUGGCCUCCACCAAGCUCACGUGCGAGGGCGCGGUGGCGGUGGCGGAGUUCAUCGCCGAGAGCCCCCGCCUCCUGAGACUGGACCUUCGGGAGAACGAGAUCAAGACGGGCGGGCUCAUGGCACUGUCGUUGGCCCUCAAGGUGAACCACUCUCUGCUGCGCCUGGACCUUGACCGCGAACCCAAGAAGGAGGCGGUGAAGAGCUUCAUCGAGACGCAGAAGGCGCUGCUGGCUGAGAUCCAGAACGGCUGCAAGCGCAACUUCGUGCUGGCGCGGGAGCGGGAGGAGAAGGAGCGGCGCCUGCAGCCGUCGGCGUCCAUGCCAGAGAUCUCCGCCGCCGAGCCCCAGCCGGACGACGGCGGGCCCGGGCAGGAGCCCGCGGCCGAGGCGCAGGAGAAUGGGGCCCCCGGCCCCGGCCCCGGGCCGGACUCGGACUCGGACUCGGACUCCGAGGGGGAGGGUGGGGAGGAGGAGGAGGAUGGGGAGAGGGCGGAGGCCCCCUGCCCCGCCCUGGUGCCCCCCACGGACUCCCUGGGCCCUGGGGACAGGAGCCCCCCAGGCUGCCCCUCCUCCCCCGCUGAGCAGCGCAUUUCCGUGUCCAGCCCGGGCCGGGGCCACAAAGUGUUUGUGGUGACCCGGGUGGAGAGUCCACCCGAGAGGGCAGAGCCUCCCGUGCCACCCGCCUCUCCUUCCCCACCUGCCCCUCCUUGUCCUCCAUCCCCACCUGCCUUAUCCUUCCUGCCCACCUCACCCGGCCGGACGCCAGCUGAGGCCGUCGACACUCGGGGCCCAGGGUCGUCUGAGCCUCAGCCGCAGCCGGAGCCGCCCCAGUCAGGGCCGCCGCUGCCCAACGGCCUGAAGCCCGAGUUCGCUCUCGCACUGUCCCCGGAGCCGCCCCCAGGGCCCGAGGCCAAGGUGGGCAGCUGUGGCCUGGAACACGAGCUGAGCUGCUCCAAGGACGACAAGGAGCUCGAGGAGCUGCUUCUGGAAGCCAGUCAGGAAUCUGGGCAGGAGACACUGUGACACUUUAGUUCCCUUCUUCCGGUCCGUCUUUGAAGAGCUGAGGCCAGAGCCAUGAGAAUCUGCUCACCCUCACCCCCAGCCUUCCUGAGGCCUGGGACCCCAGGGGGUGGGGGGCCUUCCUGGGGACCCCUGCCCCCCACAGCAACACUACACGGGGUGCAGGAGCUACAGGGAGUGGCCCUCCCCGCCUUGACUUAAGCACUUCUAUUUAUGUGUCCGACACUCUCAUCGAAGGCUGGGCUGGGGGUGGAUGGGAGGAGGACGGGUGGGGGAGGAGAUGUUACCGGCCACAGGGCCGGGCACCUUUCUCCAGGGCUCCGUUUGGCCAGGCUUGCCCCGCGUCGAGGGCAGGAGUCCUAGGUGGUGGCGGGAUGGUCCCCUGGUGGCCCCGGGCACAGGACCAGGCAGGAGGCAUGGAUUGGGAGGGGCGGUGGUGAGUGAUGGUGGUGGUUGGAAUUUGUAGAGCAGCCCCAGGCAGGGUGAGGGCCUGGGCUGGGGUGGGUGGGGGAGGUCAGAGGAUCAGAGCUUUCUUUUUCUUAAGUGCAAUAAAUCUAUCAGGGAGCUGGGGUGGGGAGCAGCCAGGGCUUGGAGACCCUGCUGUCCGGGCCACUCGAGGCGGCGCCCUGAGAGGCACUACG